AUGGCAGCAGCUACAGUCGCAACAGCAGCAACAGGUUUAUCUCCAUCUUAUCCGAUGGCGUCGCUUUACGUCGGCGAUUUACAUCCGGAAGUCACUGAAGCGAUGCUCUUCGAAAAGUUCAGUACUGCGGGCCCUGUACUUUCAAUCCGAGUUUGUCGUGAUGCAAUUACCAGACGUUCUCUGGGAUAUGCAUACGUGAACUUUCAACAGCCUCCUGAUGCCGAACGUGCUUUGGAUACUAUGAAUUUUGAUAUGAUGUAUGGUAAACCCAUUCGCAUUAUGUGGUCACAGCGCGAUCCGUCCAUGAGGCGUUCAGGAGCUGGGAAUAUAUUUAUUAAAAAUCUGGAUAAGAGUAUCGACAAUAAAGCGAUAUAUGAUACGUUCUCAAUGUUUGGGAACAUACUGAGUUGCAAAGUAGCCACUGAUGAAGACGGGAAUAGUAAAGGGUAUGGCUUUGUUCACUUUGAAACAGAAGAGUCCGCUCAAAAAGCAAUCGAGAAAGUUAACGGGAUGCUUUUGGAAAAUAAGAAAGUAUACGUUGGCAAGUUCCAACCGCGUGCCACACGUAUGCGUGAAAUGGGUGAAACGGCACGUCGUUUUACAAAUGUAUUCAUCAAGAAUUUUGGCGAAGAGUUGAAUAAUGAAAGCUUGCACAAAUUGUUUUCGAAAUUUGGUGAAAUCACAAGCUCAACCAUUAUGACUGAUACCGACGGAAAGUCUAAGGGUUUUGGAUUUGUAGCGUUCAAGAACCCUGAGGAUGCAGAAAAAGCUGUUAACGACAUGAACGAUUACGAAUUGCCGGGAACUGAUCGUAAGCUUGUGGUUUGCCGUGCGCAGAAGAAAACGGAGCGUACAGCAGAACUUAAACGGCGUUACGAACAGCAAAAGACUGAAAGGAUGCAGCGUUAUCAAGGAGUAAACCUGUAUGUGAAGAAUUUGGAUGAUACCGUCGAUGACGAAGUUCUCAGACAAAACUUUGAAAGUUACGGGAAAAUUACUAGCGCGAAAGUGAUGUGUGAUGACAAUGGCAGGUCUAAAGGAUUCGGGUUUGUGUGCUUUGAGAAACCAGAUGAGGCAACCAAGGCCGUUACGGAAAUGAAUGGAAAGAUGAUGUGCACAAAACCGCUUUACGUUGCGUUGGCACAACGGAAAGAGGAUCGUAAAGCCCAACUGGCAUCUCAGUAUAUGCAGAGGUUGGCGUCAAUUAGGUUACAUAAUGGUGGUGGUGUUCCCGGCGCGAUGUAUACCCCCGGUGCUAGUGGGUUUUUCAUGUCUUCAGCUCUGCAGAAUCAGCGUACCGCAUUCAUGCCUGCUGCCACGAUUCCCGGAACACAACUUCGGGCUUCUGCUCCACGUUGGAGUGCUUUGGGAGCUACUGCGGGAUUUGGUGUGCAAUCACCAUAUAUGGUUCAAAGUGGCGGGUAUGGUCAGGCAGGUCGUACUACAACCAGAGGGGCAAGUGGUGCAGGAUCUGCACUUCGUUCUCAACAGGCGCAGUUUGGUGGUGCAAAUGCAGGUGGGACAAGACCUAAUCCACAGGCCCAAAGGAUCGCUGGUGGCAGUGUUGUACCAGGACAAGCUUCAGCACGUUCUCAACAAAUUCCGGGGGGAAGACAAGGUCAGGGAGGCAAACCUGUCCAGGGUUCACAGCAGAUUUAUUCUACUUCUUAUGGGAUGAUGAAUGGUCGACCUGGCCAAGUGGCACAACAGAGCAGCAUCGUUGUUCAAGGUCAGGAACCACUUACCACGCAGAUGUUGUCACAGGCUCCACCACAGGAGCAAAAACAAAUGCUGGGUGAACGAAUCUACCCUCUGAUCGGUCGCAUCUGUCAAGGCACUGACGUGGGGAAAAUAACCGGUAUGAUGCUUGAAAUGGAUAACUCAGAGUUGCUAAUGAUGCUUGAAAAUGAGGAUCUUUUGCAAUCGAAGGUGUCUGAAGCAGCCUCUGUGCUUGCAUCUGCAAAGGCCGAAAAUCGUUGA